UCUCUUUCCUCUUUCUUUUAUAAUCUUCCUCCACCACUCUACAAACUUUCAGGGCUCAAUCACAAACAUUUCAGAGCUCUUCCCACAUUUUCCUUCUCUUUCUCUCUUCCCAAACACGCCAUAACACUAUUACUCACACAAAAAUACUCAAUGGCUUCACCACCGGACACAAGCAAAACCAUCAAAAUAGAACGAUACAACAGCUAUAUCCGUAAAAUCCACAACACUAAACUCCUCAACGCUUCUUCCAAACUUCUUUUCCGAUCAACGCUUCUCAUAGCAAUCGUUCUCAUUCUUUUCUUCACCAUCAAUUACCCUCCACUCUCCGAUCACCACCACGAUAAAGACCACCACCGCCAUUUUCACCAUCACAGCUUUCUCUCCACUGCUUUCUUCUCCUCCUCCUCCUCCGCUAUCGGCGGCGCCAACUGGGAGAAGCAAGUCCGUCGCUCCGCUACUCCCCGUCGCCCUAAUGGGUUCUCCAUUUUAGUCACCGGAGCUGCUGGCUUCGUCGGAUCGCACAGCUCCCUCGCUUUGAAAAAGCGCGGCGACGGAGUUCUUGGUCUUGAUAACUUCAACAACUACUACGACCCGUCGCUGAAAAGAGCUCGUCAGGAAUUACUUCACAAGCAUGAAAUAUUCAUCGUAGAGGGUGACUUAAACGACGGCGCAUUACUCGUUAAGCUUUUCGAUGUAGUUCCGUUCACUCACAUACUCCACCUCGCCGCUCAGGCCGGCGUUCGUUACGCAAUCCAAAACCCACAGUCGUACAUUAAUUCCAACAUCGCCGGCUUCGUCAACCUUCUCGAAGUUUCCAAGAACGCUAAACCCCAGCCGGCGAUAGUCUGGGCUUCGUCCAGCUCCGUUUACGGGUUAAACACUCAAGUACCCUUUUCCGAGAGCGACAAAACGGAUCAACCCGCUAGUUUAUACGCCGCCACUAAAAAAGCCGGCGAAGAAAUAGCCCAUACUUACAAUCACAUCUACGGGUUAUCCCUAACCGGGUUACGGUUCUUCACAGUAUACGGCCCAUGGGGAAGACCCGACAUGGCUUAUUUCUUCUUCACCAAGGAUAUAUUACAAGGAAAAGGAAUCGACAUAUAUCAGACGCAAGACGACAAGCAGGUGGCGCGUGACUUCACGUACAUUGACGAUAUAGUAAAAGGGUGUAUCGGAGCGCUGGACACGGCGGAGAAAAGUACGGGAAGCGGCGGGAAAAAGAAAGGGCCGGCUCAAUUAAGAGUGUACAACCUGGGAAAUACUUCACCGGUUCCUGUCGGAAAAUUGGUGUCAAUUUUGGAAAAUUUGUUGAAUACAAAAGCGAAAAAACAUGUAAUAAAAAUGCCAAGAAAUGGGGAUGUUCCGUUUACUCACGCUAAUGUAAGUUUGGCAUUGAGAGAUUUCGGGUACAAACCAACGACAGAUUUGAGCACUGGAUUGAGAAAAUUUGUCAAGUGGUAUGUCGGAUAUUACGGCAUUCAAUCAAGGGUAAAAAAGGAAAGUGACAAUAUUAGUGAUCACCAUGUUCAAGAUUGAGGUCUACUAUACUCAAGUUUGUUUUCUUUACUUCUUUUAGAUUAAUUUAUAAAAUUAAUUUCUGUUUUCUUUUAUUUUAUUUUUGUUGCUGUAUUUUGCUGUAAUGGUCUUUUUUUUAUUGUCGGUGGUGUUGGUUAUGUAGAAUAUAGAAAUAGAUUUUAUACCAAAACAAAAAUUGUGAAUUAAGAAAAAAAUCAAGGACAAAAAGAGGAAAUUAUGGUUGUAGAUCUGUGAAGUUUGUAAUAAAAUUGGGGGAGAUCUGCUAGAAAGGAUGUAGAUCUCAACCAUUAAAUUCAAUAUUUAAAGAAAAAAAAAAGAAUUAUGAUUGAACAACAAUGGUGACAUCUAGAUUUGUGGGUUUUAA